UUCCCUAAAAUUUCCCGCGUGUAGGCGUGUAGCAGCUUUACAUUCCCGCCUUGACUCCUAGGGUUUUGGUUGCUCGAUUCGCUCUUCUCCGUCGUCGACCACGAAGGCCACACAACGAUGUUCUCCAGCCAGAUAGAGGGUGGCGGUUUUGGGCUUUCACAAUCUUCCCAAAACCCCGAUUCCGGCUUCUCUAAGAACCGCGGCGCUACAGGGCUUCUUCCACUGACAGUGAAGCAGAUAAGCGCGGCAUUUGACGCUGCGGACGACAAGUCCAGUAUCAAAGUCGAUGGAGCCGAUGCAACAAACAUUAGACUCCUGGGGCUGGUGAUGAACAAGGCGGAGAGAGCUACGGACGUUCACUUCACCCUCGACGAUGGAACGGGUCGAAUCGAUGUCAUUAGAUGGGUUAAUGACGCUUCUGAUGCCAACGAGACCGCCGUUAUUCAGAAUGGUACGUAUGUGUCUGUGAGUGGUAGCCUUAAAGGAUUUCAAGACAAAAAGCGAGCAGUUGCCUUCUCUGUCAGUCCUGUCACUGACUACAAUGCUGUUGCACUUCACUUCAUUCAGUGCAUUCAUGUACAUCUGUGGAAUGCAAAGCAGAAGGGUAAUGAUGUUUUCCAUAACACAACUUCCAACCAAAUCUCUUCUCAAACUGUACAAAAGGAGUACCAACCUUCAGUUUCCAGUCAACCUUUUGUCAGUGCUGGGAUGGGUGGAUCUAAGACAGACACCUACAAGUUGGUCCUGGAUAUUUUCCAGGAACCUUCAAGUCUUGCGAGUGACCAUGGAUUGCAUAUUGAUGAAGUUGCCAGGCGGCUUGGACUUCCAAUGAAUAAGAUCAAGGAAGCUAUUGACUACUAUGUAGACAUCGGCCACAUUUACUCUACAAUUGACGACUACCACUUCAAGUCUGCCUGCAUCGACUAACAUCUGAUUCUAGUUGUUUAUCUAGUCUAGAUCUUUUAGUUGUUCUCUGAUAGCACCUGCAUCAAAAGGUGCAGCAGCAAAAUUUCAUUGUAAGCUUUCCUUCAACACUAUGUUCAUGGCAUGAGAACUAGUUUAUAUGUUUAAACUGGAUAAUUUCUACAGAAAUUUUAUGAAUGAUUGUUUUUUUCUC